CGCACCUGUGCCCGCCCCCCGCGCCCGCGGAUUGGCCGGGCGGGCCCGAGCGAGGGAAAGCUGUGUCUGCGGUCCGGGCGCGUGAGGCGCUGGGUGGAGGGGCCGCUGCUGCCGCUGCCCGGGGAAGAGGAGGGGACGCGGAGUUUCCUGCGGUGUGUCCGCCGUCCCGGGCAGCGCUGUGUGGUGUACGGCUCCCGACGGGACAGCGGGCAGUCAUGCCGUGGCCUCGUCUCCCUGGGGAUAGCGCUGUUGCAGAUAUGCAUGAAGAAAAUAAAACUGCAGCAAAUGGAUGUGGCAAAAUCCGAAGUGGUGCUCAGAAUGGGGCUGCUUUACUUGCCCUGAUGGAGAAGACUGGAUACAGCAUGGUUCAACAAAAUGGGCAAAGAAAAUUUGGUGGUCCUCCACCAGGUUGGGAAGGUCCUCCUCCACCUCGUGGAUGUGAAGUUUUUGUGGGUAAGAUUCCUCGUGAUAUGUAUGAAGAUGAAUUAGUUCCUGUUUUUGAGAGAGCUGGGAAGAUCUAUGAGCUCAGACUGAUGAUGGAAUUCAGUGGUGAGAAUCGAGGCUAUGCUUUUGUGAUGUACACCACUAAAGAGGAAGCCCAGCUAGCCAUCAAGAUUCUUAAUAAUUAUGAAAUUCGUCCAGGGAAGUUUAUUGGUGUCUGCGUAAGCUUGGACAACUGCAGGCUAUUUAUUGGAGCAAUUCCUAAAGAUAAGAAGAAAGAAGAAAUACUGAAUGAAAUGAAGAAAGUUACAGAAGGAGUGGUGGAUGUCAUUGUUUAUCCAAAUGCCACUGACAAAACUAAAAAUCGUGGCUUCGCUUUUGUAGAAUAUGAAUCUCACAGAGCAGCUGCCAUGGCUAGAAGACGACUAAUCCCAGGAACGUUCCAGCCCUGGGGUCAUACUAUUCAAGUAGACUGGGCAGAUCCUGAGAAAGUAGUUGAUGAAGAAACUAUGCAGAGAGUUAAAGUAUUGUAUGUAAGAAAUUUAAUGAUAUCUACUACAGAGGACAAAAUUAAAGCUGAAUUCAACAAGUUCAAGCCAGGAGUAGUUGAACGUGUAAAGAAGUUGAGAGACUAUGCUUUUGUUCAUUUUUUCCACCGAGAAGAUGCAGUUGCUGCUAUGUCUGUAAUGAAUGGAAAGUGCAUUGAUGGAGCCAGUAUUGAGGUAACACUGGCAAAGCCAGUUAACAAAGAAAGUUCUUGGAAGCAACAUUUUAAUGGUCAGAUAAGUCCCAGUUCUGAAAAUCUCUUAGGGUUUCCUAACAAAGAAGAUGGUACUCAAAAAUCCUUGGGGAAACCAGCAAGUCUUUCAGUUCGUCUUAAUGGCCAGCACAGUCCAGGCUCCCCUGAAGCUGAAAGAAGUACAUACCCCUUUUUUCCAGGAAUAAAGCUUACUCCAAUUAGCAUGUAUUCUUUAAAGCUGAAUCACUUCAGUUCUGCAGUAAUGCAUCUGGAUUAUUUUUGUCAUAAAAAUAGCUGGGCACCGCCAGAGUACUGCUUGUAUUCAACAACAAGUCAGGAUGGGAAAAUACUCUUGGUGUACAGGGUGCUUAUUUCUAGUAUUGCAGAUGAUUCCCAGAGUUAUUUCAUGCCAGAAAAACUCUGUACAACGGUAGAAGAUGCAAAGGAGUUGGCAGCACAGUUCACACUUUUACAUCUAGCCCCCGAGCAAGCAUAUAUAACUUUGCUGUCCCUGAAUGCAGCAUGGUGGGAUAGUAAAGCCAACUGUACACCCUACUUGGCUUGAAUUUCCCUGAAGAAGAAAAGUUUGGAAUUUAUUGCUUUGGAUCUUGUCAUGAAAGAAAAAAGAAUACCACGCGGAUAUAUAAUUACCGGAAAUUCACGUUCCAUGUUUAACAAUGAAUAAUUCUUCAAAGUGCAUGUGUGUAUUAAGCAUUUCAAUAUGAAGAUUAGUGAAAUUGAACGUUAAAUUGUUUUGGUUAGUUUGAUUAAAUUUGGGUUUUAAAAGA